CGAGGAAACGAGUUUUAUUCCCCUUCAUCACGACAACUCAGCCGCCGUAGGGCUGGCCGCUAGUAUCGAUGGCGCUUGCAAGGACGCCAAAGAACGGCUAUCAUUUUUUAUCGCAAAGUCGGCCUAGCUUCGUCGUCUAGGCGGGGGUCGCGAAGACGACUGCUCUCCCGCGAACGUGUGGAACGAAGCCCUUGCCUGUGGCUGUUGACUGGCCAGAGCCGAUGAUGAGGCUGUCUCGUAGUCGAGAAGCUGAAAGAAAGGAGGGAUGGAGGCGGAAAUGAGUGAUGGAAUUGGCGACUUUCACCAGUUAUGUUGAUGAAUACGAGUGAAAAAUAAAAGGCUGUCGGCCCUCUUCGCACGACACAGGACAUCCAGGGACAUUCGGCACCGACAUUGAUCUCUACAAUUCACUUCAUCGCUUUGGUCUCAUCUCAUCAAUCACCGCAACUCAUCACAAUGUCCCGCCUCCCUCCUGCUGAAAAGCUGCCCCUUGCUCUGCGUAAAAACAUCCGUGACGAGUGGGACAGCAAGAAGGAGGACCUCCAAAAGGAGCUCUCCAACGUUCUCGGCGCCGAGUGGACGCUGGACGAGAUCAACCCCAACGAGCUCUACCCUUACGCCGGAGAUGGCUACGCCAAGCAGUCCCUUGGCAGCUGCAUCGCACAGUACGUGUCCUCGGCCAUCUCCAACCUCAAGACCUUUGCCUCGACCUACGGCGAUGAUGGCAAGGCCGAGCUCAACUCCAUCUGCCACGCCCGCUCCCUGCUCCUAGACCUCGACGACCGGCCCGACAAGAACGCCCGCGUGACGUAUUGCGGCGUGCUCGUCAGGGACGGCGGCAAGCUGGCCGUUGUCUUCUCCGAGGGAAACCUCGGCACCAACGCCGACUACGCUGUCGACGGCCCGGGCCUGCUCAAGGCUCUCAACGACGCCCCGCCGGCCCCCGGGUCCGACGACGCCAUGAGUUACGCCGCGCGCACGUCGGUGCGGCAGGACUACGACGAGCAGGUCGAUGAGACGCGCAAGAAGCUGGCCGACAUGCUCGAGCGGCCCGACGUCGUGCUCGUGCCAAACUUCGAGGCCAACUUUGCCCGCCUCCGCGAAGCCGCCAAGAAGAAGGGGAGCGAGGUGAGGACCGACUGGGAGGGGAACCUAGGCGGGUUCACGAGGAUGUACUUUGAGGGGCUGGAGUACCAGAUGGCCUACCAGAAGUUUGGCGACGACGACCUGCUGCGCGAGGGCUUCAACGACGCGGUCGAGAAGGGGGAGGUCCACUUCCGCAUCGUGGAUAAGAUGGCCUACGGGACCUACGGGGAGGUCGUCCUGGAGGACGGUGCCAUAUACGUGCAGACUCGGGCCCACCACUUUGGCUCCAAUGUCAACUACGCCGCCGAGAAGAUAUUGGACCAGCUUUGAUGACCAGCUUUGAUGGAUCUAGACAAAGCGCUCGUCAAGAACUGGAAAAAGCGUAGCUGACAUAUUCAGCAUGGACAAUGAAGUGAUCUCGACCGACACGAUUAU